AUGAGGUUCCCUCCCUUGAUGAUGUCUGCCUACCUACAGCGUUAUGACCUGCUGAUCCCGCAGGAUCCAGACCACAGUAGAGAUAUUAACUACUCAGACCCGGAAGUUUUAAAUGGGUUUUUGAAGCAUGGAUUUAAUGCUGCUCUCAGCAGAAGACUGGGCGACACGAGAGAAGUGCCAGACACCAGACAUAAGAUGUGCCUCUGGAAACACUACCCUGCCCAGCUGCCCACCGCCAGCGUCGUCAUCUGCUUCCACAAUGAGGAGCUCAAUGCCUUGCUUCGCACAGUGUCCAGUGUUGUCUAUCUCACUCCGUCCUAUUACCUCCAAGAGAUCAUUUUGGUCGAUGACAUGAGUAAAUUUGAUGAUUUGAAAGCAAAACUGGAACAUUAUCUGGAAAUUUUUCGAGGACGGAUUAAGUUAAUAAGAACCAAGAAGAGAAAGGGGCUGAUUCAAUCGAGGAUGAUUGGGGCAUCCCAUGCUUCAGGGGACAUUCUAGUGUUCCUGGACAGCCACUGCGAGGUGAAUAACGUCUGGCUGCAGCCCUUACUAUAUGCCAUCAGCAAGGACCACAGAAUGGUGGUGACCCCCAUAAUUGACAUCAUUGACAACAUGACCUUGGAGUACAAGGAGGCUCCUAUUGCACGGGGAGCUUUUGACUGGGACCUGAAAUUUAAAUGGGACCCUGUUUACUUGUAUGAGCUGGACGGCCCCGAAGGAGGAAGCACGCCCAUCCGGUCGCCUGCAAUGUCAGGAGGAGUUUUUGCUAUACACAGGCAUUAUUUUAAUGCACUUGGGCAGUAUGACAAGGGCAUGGCUAUUUGGGGAGGAGAAAAUGUGGAACUGUCACUAAGAAUCUGGAUGUGUGGAGGCCAACUCUUUAUAAUUCCUUGCUCUCGAGUCGGACGUAUCAGCAAGAAGUAUGUCCCAGAUGACACUUUAGUCAUGGAAGCCAGCAUAUGGAACCACCUGAGACUGGUGCACGUGUGGCUGGAUGAAUACAAGGGGAAGUUUUUUGCCCGAAAACCUUCUUGGAAAUCGAUGAGCUAUGGAAACAUUAGUGAACAUCUUGAAUUAAGGAAACGGUUGGGCUGCAAGUCCUUCCAGUGGUAUUUAGACACUGUCUUUCCAGAGUUGGAGGCAUCUAUGGACAGCUGA